AUGGAGUGAUUCAGAGCAGGAGUAGACUGGCAGGCACUGUGUUUGGGAAACUGGCGCUCCGCUAUCUGUUUUGCAGCGCAGAGAUGCCUUUCACGGUUUAAAACUUAUACGCCCUAAACAGUAAAAGGGUUAUUUUAUUUUCGCUUUCUCCCUUCUGUUUAACAGAGCGUCAUCCCAAAAUGGCACAGAUACUUCCAAUACGGUUUCAGGAACAUCUGCAGUUGCAGAAUCUAGGAAUAAACCCAGCCAACAUUGGAUUCAGCUACCUGACAAUGGAAUCUGAUAAAUUCAUCUGCAUACGUGAGAAAGUGGGAGAUCAAGCUCAGGUUGUUAUUAUUGACAUGAAUGAUCCAACAAAUCCAAUUAGACGGCCAAUCUCUGCUGAUAGUGCUAUCAUGAACCCUGCCAGUAAAGUCAUUGCUUUGAAAGCUGCUAAGACUCUGCAGAUAUUUAACAUUGAGAUGAAAAGCAAAAUGAAAGCUCAUACCAUGACUGAGGAUGUUACAUUCUGGAAAUGGAUCUCUGUGAACACUGUUGCCUUGGUGACUGAAACAGCUGUUUACCACUGGAGCAUGGAAGGAGAUUCCCAGCCUCUGAAGGUUUUUGAUAGACAUGCCAGUCUAGCUGGCUGCCAGAUAAUCAACUACCGGACAGAUGAACAGCAGAAGUGGUUGUUACUUAUUGGAAUCUCUGCUCAGCAAAACCGUGUAGUUGGUGCUAUGCAGCUGUAUUCUGUGGACAGAAAAGUCUCCCAACCAAUAGAAGGUCAUGCAGCUGCCUUUGCAGAAUUUAAGUUAGAAGGAAAUGCCAAAACAUCAACUCUCUUCUGCUUUGCUGUCAGAAGCCAGGCUGGUGGCAAGCUUCACAUUAUUGAGGUAGGACAGCCUGCAGCUGGAAACCAACCUUUUACUAAAAAAGCCGUGGAUGUUUUUUUUCCCCCUGAGGCACAGACUGACUUUCCAGUUGCAAUGCAGAUUGGCACAAAACAUGGAGUUAUUUACUUGAUCACCAAGUAUGGUUACAUCCACAUGUACGACCUGGAAUCAGGAGUGUGCAUAUACAUGAAUCGAAUCAGUGCUGAAACAAUCUUUGUCACUGCCUCCCAUGAGCCAACCUCUGGUAUAAUUGGAGUCAACAAAAAAGGACAGGUCCUUUCUGUAUGUGUUGAGGAAGAAAACAUUGUUAAUUAUGCCACAACUGUGCUUCAGAACCCAGAUCUAGGGUUACGAAUGGCAAUCCGCAGUAAUCUGGCUGGUGCAGAAGAAUUGUUCGCCAGAAAAUUUAACACACUUUUUGCUCAAGGAAAUUAUGCUGAGUCAGCCAAGGUUGCUGCUUCUGCACCAAAGGGAAUUCUUCGUACUGCUGAUACUAUUAGGAAGUUUCAGACUGUGCCAGCACAGCCAGGGCAACCUUCCCCUCUGCUGCAGUAUUUUGGAAUUCUUCUUGAUCAAGGGCAGCUAAACAAAUUUGAAUCUCUAGAACUAUGCAGGCCUGUUUUACAGCAGGGCCGCAAACAACUUUUAGAGAAAUGGCUGAAGGAGGACAAGUUGGAGUGUUCAGAAGAACUGGGAGACUUAGUAAAAACAGCUGAUCCCACCCUGGCUCUUAGUGUGUACCUUCGGGCCAAUGUACCUAAUAAAGUUAUUCAGUGUUUUGCGGAAACUGGACAGUUCCAGAAAAUUGUUCUUUAUGCUAAAAAGGUUGGUUAUUCUCCAGACUGGGUUUUCCUUUUGAGAAAUGUUAUGCGAGUUAGUCCUGACCAGGGCCUGCAGUUUUCUCAAAUGCUUGUUCAAGAUGAGGAACCCUUAGCCAACAUUAACCAGAUUGUGGACGUAUUCAUGGAAAAUAACUUGAUCCAGCAGUGCACAUCUUUUCUUUUGGAUGCUCUAAAGAAUAAUCGUCCAUCAGAGGGUCACUUGCAAACUCGAUUGUUAGAAAUGAACCUUAUCCAUGCACCUCAGGUUGCAGAUGCUAUACUUGGAAAUCAGAUGUUCACACAUUAUGACCGUGCACAUAUUGCACAGCUCUGUGAAAAAGCAGGACUUUUGCAGCGAGCACUGGAACACUAUAGUGAUUUGUAUGAUAUUAAGCGUGCUGUUGUACACACUCAUCUACUGAAUCCAGAGUGGCUGGUGAACUUCUUCGGCUCUCUCUCUGUAGAAGAUUCCGUAGAGUGUCUGCGAGCAAUGCUGUCUGCUAAUAUUCGACAGAACUUACAGUUGUGUGUGCAAGUGGCCUCCAAGUACCAUGAGCAGCUCGGUACUCAAGCAUUGGUUGAGCUAUUUGAAUCUUUCAAGAGUUAUGAAGGCUUAUUCUAUUUUCUGGGUUCUAUUGUAAACUUCAGUCAGGAGCCAGAUGUGCACUUUAAAUACAUACAAGCAGCAUGUAAAACUGGUCAGAUUAAGGAAGUGGAGCGAAUCUGUCGAGAAAGUAAUUGCUAUGACCCAGACAGAGUCAAGAAUUUUCUUAAGGAAGCCAAGUUAACUGACCAGCUGCCUCUUAUUAUUGUGUGUGACCGUUUUGACUUUGUUCAUGACCUUGUUCUUUACCUGUACCGAAAUAGUCUUCAGAAGUACAUUGAAAUCUAUGUUCAGAAGGUGAACCCUAGCCGUCUUCCAGUUGUUAUUGGUGGUCUCUUGGAUGUAGACUGCUCAGAAGAUGUGAUUAAGAACUUAAUUAUGGUAGUAAGAGGACAGUUUUCAACAGAUGAACUGGUUGCUGAAGUGGAAAAGAGAAAUCGGCUCAAGUUAUUGCUUUCAUGGCUUGAGUCAAGAAUCCAUGAAGGCUGUGAGGAACCUGCCACCCACAAUGCAUUGGCUAAAAUCUACAUUGACAGCAAUAACAACGCUGAACGAUUCCUUCGUGAAAAUCCAUAUUAUGACAGCAGUGUUGUGGGAAAAUACUGUGAAAAGAGAGACCCUCACCUUGCGUGUUUGGCAUAUGAAAGGGGCCAGUGUGAUCUGGAACUCAUUAAGGUCUGCAAUGAAAACUCACUUUUCAAAAGUGAAGCUCGGUAUCUGGUGCGCAGGAAAGACACCAACCUUUGGGCAAAUGUCCUUGAGGAGAACAAUCCAUACAGACGGCAACUAAUAGACCAGGUUGUUCAGACAGCCCUAUCUGAGACCCAGGAUCCAGAGGAAGUAUCAGUAACAGUUAAGGCUUUCAUGACAGCUGACUUGCCAAAUGAAUUAAUUGAACUACUGGAGAAGAUUGUUUUAGAUAAUUCUGUUUUCAGUGAACACAGAAACCUUCAGAACCUGCUCAUCUUGACUGCCAUUAAAGCUGACAGGACAAGAGUUAUGGAAUACAUUAAUCGCUUGGACAAUUAUGAUGCUCCAGACAUUGCUAACAUUGCUAUUAGCAAUGAGUUGUUUGAGGAAGCCUUUGCCAUCUUUAGAAAAUUUGAUGUGAACACUUCUGCUAUUCAGGUUCUAAUAGAACACAUUGGAAACCUGGACCGUGCCUAUGAAUUUGCUGAGCGGUGCAAUGAACCAGCUGUAUGGAGCCAGCUAGCCAGGGCUCAGCUACAGAAAGAAAUGGUCAAAGAAGCAAUUGAUUCUUAUAUCAAGGCAGAUGACCCCUCAGCUUAUAUGGAAGUGGUCAAUGCUGCCAGCAAAAACAAUAAUUGGGAAGAUCUGGUUAAGUUUCUGCAGAUGGCAAGAAAAAAAGCAAGAGAGUCUUAUGUGGAAACAGAGCUUAUAUUUGCUUUAGCAAAAACAAAUCGUCUGUCAGAACUGGAAGAGUUUGUUAGUGGACCAAACAACGCUCACAUCCAGCAAGUUGGUGAUCGUUGUUACGAAGAUGAAAUGUAUGAAGCUGCCAAACUGCUUUACAACAAUGUCUCCAAUUUUGCCCGACUUGCAUCUACCUUAGUGCACCUGGGUGAAUACCAGGCUGCUGUGGACAGUUCCCGUAAAGCUAAUAGCACAAGGACCUGGAAGGAGGUCUGCUUUGCGUGCGUUGAUGGCACAGAGUUUCGGCUUGCCCAGAUAUGUGGCUUGCACAUUGUCAUUCAUGCCGAUGAGCUGGAGGAGCUAAUAAGUUACUACCAGGACCGUGGCUACUUUGAAGAUUUGAUUGCACUUUUGGAGGCUGCCCUUGGUUUAGAACGAGCACACAUGGGAAUGUUUACUGAACUGGCAAUUCUAUAUUCUAAAUUUAAACCACAGAAGAUGAGGGAACACUUAGAGCUCUUCUGGUCCAGAGUCAAUAUUCCUAAGGUUCUUCGUGCUGCAGAGCAGGCCCAUUUAUGGGCGGAACUCGUCUUUCUUUAUGAUAAGUAUGAGGAGUUUGACAAUGCUAUAAUAACAAUGAUGAACCACCCUACCGAUGCUUGGAAGGAAGGACAAUUUAAAGACAUCAUUACUAAGGUGGCAAAUGUGGAGCUGUAUUAUAAAGCCUUGCAGUUUUACAUGGAUUAUAAACCUCUCUUAAUUAAUGACCUGCUGAUGGUUCUGUCACCACGUUUGGACCACACUAGGGCAGUGAAUUUCUUUGCAAAGAUGAAGCAGUUGCAGCUUGUCAAAUCUUAUCUGCGGUCUGUGCAGAAUCAUAACAACAAGUCAGUAAACGAAGCCUUAAACAACUUGCUAACUGAAGAGGAAGAUUACCAGGGUCUCAGAGCCUCCAUUGAUGCCUAUGAUAAUUUUGACAACAUAAGCCUUGCCCAGCGGCUAGAGAAGCACGAGCUCAUAGAGUUCAGGCGAAUUGCGGCUUACCUUUACAAGGGUAACAACCGGUGGAAACAAAGUGUGGAGCUGUGUAAAAAAGACCGUCUCUACAAGGAUGCAAUGCAGUAUGCAUCUGAAUCUAAGGAUCCAGAGAUUGCAGAGAGAUUACUGCAGUGGUUCCUUGAAGAGGGGAAAAAGGAGUGCUUUGCAGCUUGUCUGUUUACAUCUUAUGACCUGCUACAUCCUGAUGUAGUUUUGGAGCUUGCCUGGAGGCAUAAUAUCAUGGAUUUUGCUAUGCCUUAUUUUAUCCAAGUAAUGAGGGAGUACCUAACCAAAAGAUUAGUUUCCUGCACUCCAACACCAUAUGGAUAUCCAGAACAAACUUUGGAAAAUACUAUUACUGUGUGGAUAAGCUUGAAGUGUCUGAAAGUCUGAGGAAAACAGAGCAGGAAGUUGCAGAGCCAACCCCAAUAGUAUUUGGUCAGCAGUUGAUGUUGACAGCUGGUCCAAAUGCAGUCCCUCCUCAAUCGGGAUACCCUUCAUAUGGAUAUGCUCCUGCAGGCUUCACUCAGCCCACCUAUGGUUACAAUAUGUAAAUAAAUCUACCGUUAAUGAUGUAUAUCAUUUUUGCUAGGCCUUCUUGGCACAACCACUUGGGUUUUUAAAGAAAUGACUGCAGAGCAACCAGUUCUUUAGUUUGGCUGCGCACAACACUUUUACACAGCAUGAAAACGACUUCUAAAAAGUUAGUUGCUGGCAGUAUUUAUUAUCAUGAAUAUAUUAACUGUUACGUUCCAACUUCUGAAAAUGCAGCUUUUUCUAUCAAUUGAUUUCAAAUUUGAACUUGACCGCACUGAAUUAGAAAUGUUUCUGAAAGGAUUGUUAAAUUAAGCAGGGACUGCUUGUGUUGAUAAAGUACUGUAUCAUCCUGAUAGGGAGGAGAUAAGGUCAUAUUUGAAUUUUAUGUGAGGGAAAGACAACCCUUGGGAUGUCAGUGUUGUAUGUUUUCAAAGCUGAGACUAAGCGUCUUGUUGAAGCUAACAUGUUCAUUGUUGUCAAUACCAAAAGAUGCUUUCUUUUCAUUUUGCAUUUUUUCUGCUUGAUUCUCCCUCAGAUAAAGGCUAACUUGCCCACAAAGUUAUCCCUCAGAAAACAGAGCUUCUCCUCCUCCCUAUUUGGUUUUUAUUAUAAAAUGAAUUUGUGACAGCUUUAAUACAUUAUUUAAUAAUAAUUAAAGGUACAUAAUGUAGUUAAAAGGAUAAAAGUAUUUAUUUAUAUAUAUAUAUAUAUAUAUAUAUAUAUAUAUAUAUAUAUAUAUAUAUAUAUAUAUAUAUAUAAAAAUAUAUAAAUCUAGGUUAAUGGAAGUGUUCACGUUUAUGUGCAUGUCCUGCCAAAUGGUGCGUGUUGACUAAGGAGAAGAAAAAAAUAUAUCGGGAGCACAACUUUAUGAUAUAUGAAGCAUCCAAUCACAGAUGUAUUAGCUUAGAUUAAAUGACUUAAAAAUGUUACUGACUGAAGGGAGGAAUUUUUAUGGAUGCUAUAGAUUUUCCAGGGAUUAGAAAAAAACGUGGCACUUUUUAAUAUAACCAUUUUAAUGUACUCAAAUCAUAAUAUGUAUAAUUUAUUAACCUUGUGAGCCUCCUGAUUAAUCCCAAAUCCUUUAUAAUGUAAACCCAUAUGUAUUGUCUGCAGUUUAAGAUUCUAGUCCAAAGUGAACGGAUUUAGGAUUUAAAAGAAAGCCAUUUAUUCUGUAGCACGUCUGCUUGCUGAAAGACAUAAAUUAAAAUCUUCAUAGAGUUUUUCAUAUUUAUGCAAGAAAUUAGUGUUCUGGGACCACCUUGGUAUUGUGGGAGACUUUUUACACAGCUCUGUUGUCCCCUGGAGCAAUAGGCGGCUGUUUCAGUAGCACCAAUACAGAACUUCAGUAGUGUGGGUGGCUGCAUCUUCAGUGUUACAUGUUCCACUUUGCACAAAAUAUGGAGAUUUAUUGAAAGAGAGAGGUAAACAGAAGUUAUGUGCGCUGUAAACAUUCUGUUCCAAAAUGUCUUCAGCUGAAUAAAUAAAAGUUUACACACCUCAA